GGCACAGAGGAGGCCGGUUUGGGGCUGAAGAUUGGACAUACAAAAGACUAGAAUGGUAUUGUGAACGUGACUUGACAUUCUGGGAGCAGAACUGGUCACCGUGGGGUUAAGUCCCUAUAAUACCGCGCUCCGCCCUCACUUCAUACACCGCCGGUGGUUUCCUCAUUCCUGCCGGAUAUGAUUGCAGUUUCAUUAUUACUUACCUCGUCCACAUCACUGCUGCAGGUGAAGGGUUCACUUUAAGGCCCGGACUCCCAGGUUCCCUGUGUUUUUAGUUCCUGGCUGGGGGUGAUCUGCAGUCCCGGGCGCAGCCUGUAGGCAGGAGAGGCGCUGUUACUGGGGGAAGUGAAGAUCGGCGACUCCCUCGGCUCGUGCUUGUGUCCUGAUCACAUCACACUCAGGAUGUUCUUGGAGACUCGGAACAGCUCGGUCACCAAUGUCACCUCCUUACCCUUCACCGCCUCACCAUAUCUGACAUCAGCGCUGCCAACCACCUCUGACAUCAGCGGCGCCAAUGUAACUGUACCACAUGUGUGUCUGGUCAUCCUGUAUGAAGACAUUAGAAGCUCCAGGGUAAGGUAUUGGGACCUUAUGCUUUUAAUUCCCAAUGUUCUCUUCUUCGUGUUCCUGCUGUGGAAGUUGCCCUCCACCAGAGCCAAAAUCCGAGUCACAUCAAGUCCAAUUUUCACCACUUUCUACAUCCUUGUGUUUGUGGUGUCACUUGUGGGAAUCGCACGAGCGGUUGUCUCUAUGACGGUCAGUUCAUCCAGUGCAGCCACUGUCACAGAUAAGGUUUUGUGGGAAAUCACCAGGUUCUUCCUGCUCGCCAUAGAACUGAGCGUCAUCAUCCUGGGUUUAGCUUUUGGUCAUCUUGAAAGUAAAUCCAGUGUAAAGCGGGUGCUGGCGAUCACGGCCGUCCUGUCGCUUGCUUACUCAGUAACGCAGGGGACUUUGGAAAUCCUGUAUCCAGACGCCCAUCUCUCAGCGGAGGACUUUAACAUCUACGGGCAUGGCGGCAGGCACUUCUGGCUUGCCAGUUCCUGCUUUUUCUUCUUGGUGUAUACAUUGGUUUCUAUACUUCCCAAAACCCCACUGAAAGACCGCAUCUCUCUACCAUCAAGGAAAAGUUUCUACGUGUACGCUAUAAUCCUGGCCAUGCUGAAUUUGGUGCAAGGAGUUGGAAGUGCCCUGCUGUGUGCGGAGGUCAUUAAUGGGCUGUGCCUCGUCGACAUCACUACGUUUUUAUACUUCAGCCUGUUUGCUCCUCUCAUGUAUGCGGCAUUCCUGAAAAGCUUCUUUGGGUCCGAGCCUAAAAUUCUCUUCUCCUACAAAUCCCAAGUGGACGAGCCCGACGACACAGACGUCCACCUCCCGCAUCCCUAUGCCGUGGCGAAGAAGGAAGGCGCAGACUCGGGAUUUUACUCCAGCACCCAGAUUGACACGACGGCUUAUCUAGACGACGUGGCCUCCAUGCCGCACGUUGGGAGCAUUAACAGCAUCGACAGUGACCGCUGGAAAGCUAUAAACGCCUAGGCCUCAGGGUCACUCAACAUCUCACGGGGGUUCUGCCUGCGUCGCCUCUAAGCUGUGGAUUUCCGAAUGUCUUCAGAGUGAAAAUCUCUCUAAAAAUAUAUUCAUUUUUUUUCCUCCCGAAUCUCAUAUGGAAACCAGACCAGAGACUUUCUGUAAUGCUGCUAAGAUCUUGCAAUCCUUGAGGAGGAAGGUUGCUGGUCUUGGACCAAGGUGCCACAUUGAGGAUGAUUAAAGAGGCCGGCUCAUGACUGCCACUUACCUGUGCAGCCCUGGUGGGCUCUGUUCUAUGGAUGCUGGAGCCUGCAUGUAGUGGGUGGCGGGGCUUUUCCCAUUGUCAGUACCUAUGCACACCUGGUUUAUACAAUAUCUGCUGGUGCCUAUGGCAGUGAAGACCCAUACAUGUGCCAGGCUGUACCGAGUACAAAUCACUGCACUGGAUUAGGUUGUAGGAGUAUGUACCAUGACAGCUGGCGACAACUCGGAAAGACUAAUCUCAUGCUGAUCGUGGAGUUUCUGUUUAAAGUAGGGAAAUACUCGGAGAGUGUUCCCCUAAAAUAGAAAGAAUACCAGUAAAAACAAAGCUUAAAGAGGUUGUUUCAUCUGGGACUUUGGCAUAUCGAUAGGAUAUGCCACCAAUGUCUGACAGGUGCAGGUCUCACCUCUGAGACCGCCAUCUAUCUCUGAGACCGCCAUGCGUUGCAUGCUCUCCAUUUUUAUGGGAGUUCUGAAAAUAGCUGAGUGAGCUCUCUGGGCUAUUUUCUGGAGUCCAAUAGAGAUGAAUGGACAGCACAAACCGCGCAAGCGUGGCCACCGCUCCAUUCGCUUAUAUAGGUCUGCGCGAGUAGCCGAGGCUUCUCUCCACUCACUUUUGGGGGUCUC